AUGGUCGCCAUAGGUAUCCUUCCGCUUACAGUGCAAUGGUUAGCAUGUCUGGGCUAUGUGGGGCUACAACCUCUGGAAGGCAGUGUGCUCUGCCCCAUUUUUCGCACCCUCAACCUUACCCCAAGGCACGCACCACACACUCUUACUGGUGGCCCUGUUAGCCAAAAUAUCCCACUUAUUUCGUAGCCCCCACAUCAUAAUAAAAAGCACCUUGCCCCCUCAGAGAGGAGGAAAUGCUGUGUCUUGCAAACAGGAAUUUCCAUGUCCCUAGUGUCCCCGUCCCCCCCCCCCAGAAAGAGAGGUGCCAGAACUCACCAUGAACACUUCCCUCGUUCUCUUAAAAUGGCAAUGGAGAGGUGCACAGGUUCCGGCUGCCAAAAAUGCCCUGCAUAUCCCAGAGUUUUGCUUUUUCUAUUGCAUGGUGAUUUGGCAAUUGUAAUUCUAACAGGAUCUCUUGGGUACUAAAAUGUUUUUAGGGGGCCUGGCAUGCAAUACACCUUGAAGUGAGGGUGGGGAUUUUUUGUUGUUGAAAUUGUGGCGCUGUCGCCGAAACCUGUUCAUGGGCCUAGUCAGGAUUUAUGUUACGAGGGGCAGGGUACCCACCCGUCAUCCUCCUCUGUCUGGUUCUGUCUAACAGAUUCAGAAUGAAAUGUCUCAACAACAGUUGUUUUUCGUGACUUUCUUUUGACCCCAAUUGUUCAGAAAUCUUUCUACAAUUUCUACUUUUAGUUACGUAUUUUUAUUUAUUUACUUACCCCCCUGGCUACGCCCAUAAGCCUGUUGCACACAUAAGACCAUUCAGUUCCAGGUCGAGAAGCCAUCGUGACUGGGGAAAACGCAGCUGUCUCUCUCUCUCCACUCUGAGGGUCAAACUAAACAUGGCGUUUGUCACGCAGUGUGGCCUUGGUGGCACGGCCAAUUUUUCCGUGAAAAAUAAUUGGUGCAUUGGAGUCAGUGAACUGAGGAGGGCAGUGGUAGUCAACUCUCUGCUCCCUCGAAUGGAUCGGGCCCUCUUGGGCCUACUCUUGAGUGAAAGAAAAGUUCCCAUUUGA